AUGAGAAAGUACCCGUUUUUAUUUCAGGUGUGCUCCGUGUUUGGAAGCCCUCGAACUUCUGAGGAGGACAUGCCGCCUAUUUCAGCACUGCUGUUUGGGCGCAUUCGAGCUCAGCCUGCAUGUUCAACGCACGGUGUGGACCAUCGCCAUGGCGAAGCUUCCUAUUUAACCGACAUGCCCCGCCCCUUUCCUCAACCUGAAUUAAGCAUAACCCUCUCUCAUCUUCGCUACCUCCCUCCCCUCCCCUCCCUUCCCAGCCUAUUCCUUAUCACCAUUAUUAUCAUGCUUUUCAGCACGCUUGCCCCUAUCUCUGCGUUGCUUCUUGGCUCUGCAUUGGCCCAGACGCCGCCCAGCUUUACCACUGGUAGCGACGCCCUUCCCUUAUCCUUUUCGCGACAGCCUCCGGACAACGGCUACAUGCGCACUACUCCAACUACUCCAAGUACUGGGGCGGCCGUUACGCCAACAGCUACAUGUGGAACGAGUACUCGGCCAAGCUGCUGGAUCUCAACCUUGAGAACUACGCGAUCGGUGGCUCCACGACGACAACAACUUUGUCCCUGCCUAUGGCCGCACGCAGCUGAUUCCAGCGUCACUGAUACUGUGAAGGCUAUUGCCAACAACACGAACGUCUCAGACUACAAGAAGAAGAACUCGAUCAUCGCCAUCGACGGCGGUGGCAACAACCUGUUUGGUGCCCUGAACGACAUCAAGUCGGGCAAGAUGAACAUCUUCUACUUUAUCGACACCAUGGUGCAGAACCAGAUCGAUAGCAUCAAGGCUCUGCUUGACGAUGGCUACCGCAAGAUCUAUCUCCUCAACCUCCCCAGCCUCACCAUGGCGCCUGCUGUCGCUGAAUACGGAACCAUCGUCUCUGCCCUGGCCGGCAUUCUGACGCCGCUCAUAAACGCCGCUUUCCUGGCCAAGCUCGGUAUCUUGAAGCUGACCAACAUGUCCAAGGCUGCCGAGGUCAAGUUCUUUGACAUGCAGGACCUGAUGGACACCAGCAACUCGGAUGUGGUUCUGAACGCCCUCAACAUCACCGACACCAAGAACCCCUGUGUUGUUGACCAUGCCGACGGCUCGCAGACGUACUGCACUGAUGACAAUGUCCGCUACUACUACGACUCGUUCCACCCCAGCGGCCGCCCGCACUACCUGAUCGGCGUUGCCUUUGCCAACAUUGUCAAGAACCCGUCGUACGCAAUUAACAAGUGGUCCCUGGCCGAUAUUGCCAAGCAGUACGCCAUGGGAGCCAGCGACAACAAGAACAACAUCAUCGCCAACGACGCCUAA